GCGGCGGCGCCGGGCUCUCCCCGCUCCCUGCCCUGGGAGGAGGCGCCAGCGGGUCCCGGGGCCGCCCUUCGCCAUGCCGACCAGCUUCACGGUGGUGCCGGUGGAGGCGCAGGGCGACGAGCGGGCACCGGCGGAGCGGGAUGGGCAGGAGAAGGAGGAAGACGAAGAGGACGAUGAGAGGGACCGGCGCUCCGGGGAUGGGGUUGCCAGGGAGAGUAGUCCAUUUAUUGACAGCGCAGAGGUGGACAGAGGAAACAUGUAUGAAGGAAAGAACAUGGCUCUCUUUGAGGAAGAAAUGGAUAGUAAUCCUAUGGUGUCAUCUCUUCUUAAUAAACUAGCAAACUACACUAAUCUGACUCAAGGUGUGGUGGAACAUGAAGCAGAUGAAGACAGCAAGCGAAAGGAAGUCAAGGUUCCACGUAUGGGCACUUUUAUUGGCGUGUACCUGCCCUGCUUGCAAAACAUCUUGGGAGUCAUCCUUUUCCUACGUUUAACAUGGAUUGUGGGGACAGCUGGAGUUCUGGAGUCUUUCAUCAUUGUGUUCAUGUGUUGUGCUUGUACUAUGCUAACUGCAAUUUCAAUGAGUGCAAUAGCAACAAAUGGUGUAGUUCCAGCUGGAGGCUCUUACUACAUGAUUUCAAGAUCUUUAGGGCCAGAGUUUGGUGGAGCAGUGGGACUUUGUUUCUACUUGGGUACAACCUUUGCAGGAGCAAUGUAUAUUCUUGGUACCAUUGAAAUUUUAUUGACCUACAUUUCUCCAAGUGCUGCUAUAUUUAAAGCAGAAGAGGUUGGUGAAGAAACAGAGGCUCUGCUGAACAACAUGAGAGUUUAUGGAACAUGCAUCAUCGUUCUGAUGGCCAUAGUAGUUUUUGUGGGAGUAAAAUAUGUCAACAAACUUGCAUUGGUCUUCCUUGCCUGUGUGAUUCUUUCCAUCAUUGCCAUAUAUGCUGGAGUUAUUAAGACUGCUUUUGACCCACCUGACUUCCCUAUCUGUCUCCUUGGAAACCGUACAUUGUCGAAACGCAACUUUGAUGUCUGUGCCAAAUUUACCGAAAGCAAUAAUGAAACAAAGACCACAGCUCUGUGGGGCCUGUUCUGUGAUAGUCCUUUGCUUAAUGCUACCUGUGAUGACUACUUCAGCCUCAAUAAUGUAACAGAAAUUCAAGGCAUUCCAGGAAUAAUGAGUGGAGUUCUAGCUGAUAAUCUGUGGAGUACUUAUACAGAAAAAGGAUCAAUAGUUGAGAAAAAAGGUCAGCCAUCGGUUGCUGGAUCAGAAGAGACUAAAAUGAGUGGACUCCCUUAUGUUUUUACAGACAUCAUGACCUACUUCACAAUGCUUGUAGGGAUUUAUUUCCCGUCUGUGACAGGCAUUAUGGCAGGUUCAAACAGGUCUGGAGAUCUUAAGGAUGCUCAGAAGUCUAUUCCUACUGGAACAAUUUUGGCGAUUUCAACUACGUCUUUUAUUUAUCUCUCCUGUAUAGUGUUGUUUGGUGCCUGUAUAGAAGGUGUGAUAUUAAGAGAUAAGUUUGGAGAAGCAGUUAAAGGGAAUCUGGUGGUUGGAACGCUGGCCUGGCCUUCUCCAUGGGUUAUUGUGAUUGGGUCAUUCUUUUCAACAUGUGGUGCUGGUCUACAGAGUCUCACUGGAGCACCCCGGCUGUUGCAGGCCAUUGCAAGAGAUGGGAUUGUACCCUUUAUUCGAGUAUUUGGUCAUGGAAAAGCAAAUGGAGAACCAACUUGGGCUCUGCUCCUCACUGCUGGUAUUUGUGAAAUCGGAAUUUUGAUAGCCUCAUUGGACAGUGUAGCACCAAUUCUUUCAAUGUUUUUCCUUAUGUGCUAUAUGUUUGUAAAUCUGGCUUGUGCAGUUCAGACACUCUUACGGACUCCCAACUGGAGGCCUCGGUUCAAGUAUUAUCAUUGGACGCUUUCAUUCCUGGGGAUGAGUUUAUGUCUUGCCUUGAUGUUCAUUUGCUCUUGGUACUAUGCUUUGAUUGCCAUGCUAAUCGCAGGAUGUAUAUACAAAUACAUAGAAUAUAGAGGAGCGGAGAAAGAAUGGGGUGAUGGAAUCCGAGGGCUGUCUCUGAAUGCAGCUCGCUAUGCUUUGCUUCGUGUUGAAGAUGGUCCUCCUCACACCAAGAACUGGAGACCUCAACUUUUGGUCUUGUUAAACUUGGAUAGUGAGCAGUUGGUGAAACACCCUAGAUUGCUUUCUUUCACCUCUCAGUUGAAGGCUGGUAAAGGACUCACUAUUGUGGGCUCUGUGCUUCAGGGAAUCUACUUGGAUAAAUGUACAGAAACUCAGAAAGCUGAAGAGAAUGUUAAGGCUUUAAUGGCAGUAGAAAAGACUAAAGGAUUUUGCCAGAUUGUGGUGUCUCCUAAUUUCAGAGAUGGAAUAUCCUGUUUGAUUCAGUCAGCUGGUCUGGGAGGGAUGAAGCACAACACAGUCCUGAUGGCAUGGCCACAGUCAUGGAAGCAGACAGAAAAUCGUUUCUCAUGGAAAAAUUUUGUUGACACUGUGCGAGAAACAACAGCAGCUCAGCAAGCACUGUUGGUGGCUAAAAACAUUGACUUAUUCCCAACAAAUCAAGAGCGUUUUACUGAAGGAAACAUAGAUGUGUGGUGGAUUGUUCAUGAUGGUGGUAUGCUGAUGUUGCUGCCUUUUCUCCUUCGACAGCACAAGGUGUGGAGAAAAUGUAAAAUGCGUAUCUUCACUGUCGCUCAAAUGGAUGACAAUAGCAUUCAAAUGAAGAAGGAUCUGCAGAUGUUUUUAUAUCAUCUUAGACUGAAUGCCGAAGUGGAAGUUGUUGAAAUGUUUGAAAAUGAUAUUUCUGCGUUCACCUAUGAGAAGACACUGAUGAUGGAACAGCGGUCUCAGAUGCUAAAACAGAUGCAGCUGUCAAAGAACGAAAGGGAGAGAGAGGCUCAGCUGAUCCACGACAGAAACACUGCCUCGCGCUCGGCUCCAGCGGUCAAAGCUGCUGUGCCAGAAAAAGUGCAAAUGACCUGGACUAAAGAAAAGUUGGUUGCUGAAAAGCAUAAAAACAAAGAUUCAAAUAUAUCUGGCUUUAAAGAUAUUUUCAACAUGAAGCCAGAGUGGGGAAACCUGAAUCAGUCAAACGUGAGAAGAAUGCACACGGCGGUGAAGCUCAACGGAGUAGUGCUUAAUAAAUCACAGCACGCUCAGCUAGUUCUCCUGAAUAUGCCUGGACCCCCUAAAAACAGAAAAGGGGAUGAAAACUACAUGGAGUUUUUGGAAGUUCUCACAGAAGGUCUAGAUAGAGUUCUCCUGGUCCGAGGCAGUGGACGUGAAGUGAUCACCAUUUAUUCUUAACCUGUUUGCACAUUUUGUUUGACAUGCCCACCCCACCCCCCCAAUGAGAAAACAGAGUUAUUUUUGCCAUGAUUUGAGGAGCUUCAUUAAGAGCUCUACCGCAUUGAAAAUUACCUGCAAGCUGAAUCUUCCCACAAUAUGUUCUGUUUUUUCUAUUACAAAGUUACAUUUAAAUUAUAUUUUAAGAAGAUUUAUGUAGAAAGUAUCUCUGUAGUGAAUUAAGAAAUGGUGGAUGGGUUAGGAUAUUUAUGUGUAGCACAUUCUGACACUUGUUAAGCUGUGGUGAAACGCAAGAAAAGAAAUGUUAAUGCAAUGGUAUUUUAAAAUAUGAACAACUUCUAAUGAUUUUAAUCUUCGUUCUGCAGCUAAAUAAAAGGGAAAGGUUUUAGGAGAAGUUGGCUUCCUCCCUUACCGAAAUGCUGCUAUGCUGCUUCUGUUGGGAUUAGUUCUGAUUUGGAAAACUUCAUUCAGAAAGGUAUACAACCACUCAAAUUUGUAGAUUAUGUGCAUAAGUGUUUCCACGAAGUUCAUGAUUUGCCACACUUGUUUCAAAUAACAUUUCUCUAUUUAAAAUGCUUAGUCAGGUAGCUGAAGCCUCCAGGUGACAGUAAUAUUUAACUCCUAAGUUGUGUGGAUUUUUUUCAUGAGCUGUUAGCAGUUAUAGCAUAUUGCACAAUUAUACCAGUGAAACCUAAGAGCAUCCAACUCAUAGGAAGGUGAUGAUGCAGUAACUCCACCCGGUUGCGAAUACAGCUGUAACAACUGAUAAACCACAGCAAGUUGGUUAAUGAAGUGCAGUCUUUUGUUUUCAAAUAUGUAUAUUUUGAAAAUGUUGUAUGUAUGUGCUGCUGUUUAAAAUAAAAUCUGCUUUUCUGAA